AUGAGUGUGAGGGAGUAUGAUCUAAAGUUCAAUCAAUUGUCAAAGUAUGCUCCAACAAUGGUUGUCGAUUCAAGGGCCAUGAAGAGUACGUUCGUUUCAGGUAUGUCUGAAAUGGUGGUUAAAGAGUUCCGAAUUGCAAUGCUCAUUCAUGAUAUGGACAUCUCUCGUCUCAUGGUACAUGCACAACAAAUUGAGAAGGAUAAACUUAAGGAAAAUUCUAGAGAGGUAAAAAGGGCUAAAACCUGUGAUGGUAACUUUUCACAUGCAAGGUUCGAUGGGCAAGGUCAUCCUGAAUUCCAACAAAGGUUUUUCGAUCAAGGUUCCUCUAAUGCUCCUCUUAAGUUCAACAAAGAUAGGUGUGGAAGGAAGCACGAUGGUAACUGUCUAGCCGGCACGGAUGGUUGUUAUGGUUGUGGGAAAAAUGGUCACAAAAUGAGGGAUUUCCCAGUGCUUGCGGCUAAAGAAAGGGAGGGCAAGCAAGCUACUCCUAGUGGUUCAAGAUCCAAUGCCCCUAAGCAAAACCGAUUCUAUGCUCUCCAAACCUGA